AUGAGACCGAUCCUCCUCCAGGGCCAUGAACGGUCCCUCAAUCAAAUCAAAUACAACCACGAUGGCGAUCUCCUCUUCUCCGUAGCGAAAGAUAAGGUUUUAUGUGCGUGGUACUCGGCGAACGGCGAGAGAUUAGGAACAUAUGCGGGACACCAGGGUGCGCUCUGGACCGUGGAUGUCAGCCCCGGCACAGUUCUUUUGGCCACGGGCGCGGCCGAUAACACAGUUCGCCUGUGGAAUGCGAAGACCGGCGAGUGUGUGAAAGUGUGGGAUUUCCCGACUGCGGUGAAGAGAGUUGAAUUCAGCCCCGAUGGGUCGAGAUUACUUGCUGUUACGGAAAAGCGUAUGGGGUACCUGGGCACAAUUGUUGUAUACGAUGUGCGGUAUGGGGAUGGAGAGGGCAAUGAUUUGGAUGAUCAGACUGACGAGCCGAGCUUGAAAAUCACUUGUGAGCAGAGUAAGGCUACUGUCGCGGGAUGGAGUUUCUUGGGGAAAUAUAUCAUUGCGGGACAUGAGGAUGGCAGUAUAAGUCAGUACGACGCCAAGACUGGCGAGCAACUUGAAAGCGUGCAAGCCCACGAGUUCGACCACCAAGUCAACGAUUUGCAAUUCUCCCCCGACCGAACAUAUUGUAUUACAGCUUCGAAAGAUAAAUCGGCAAAGAUUAUUUCUUGCCGAGAUCUACAAGUCAUGAAAACAUACGUCGCCGACACCCCCCUUAACACCGCUGCCAUGACGGCAAAGAAGGACUUUGUCAUUCUAGGCGGUGGUCAAGCCGCCAUGGACGUCACCACCACCUCCGCCAGACAAGGAAAGUUCGAAGCCCGCUUCUACCACAAGAUCUUCGAGGACGAGAUUGGCCGUGUUCGAGGCCACUUUGGUCCUCUGAACACAAUUGCUGCGCAUCCAGCGGGUACGGGCUAUGCGUCCGGUGGAGAGGACGGAUAUGUCCGUGUGCAUCAUUUUGACAAGGCGUACUUUGAUUUCAUGUAUGAAGUGGAGAGGGAGCAGGCGAGGAAAUGA